GCAGCUUGAUGCAGACGGUUAUGCUUCAUGACGUAUGCGGGAGGCGAUUCUCACGAUGGAGGGAUUGCCUCGAGGCUUCGUACACGGACUUGCAAUUGCUGAUGCCUUAGGGUGAUAUCUACAGGGAAUUCAUCAUCGCCCCAGCAUCGAGGCCCGAGAAAUGACAAUGUCAGGCUACCGCAAAGAAUUGACGGUAAAGGAUGUGGCCACGAUAUCCGCACUUGACUUGUCUCAUCGUAUAUGGAGCUGUAUACGCGGUGCUGCUUAAACUACCCCAAACGAGUGAGGUAUUCCGGGUCUCGAGCAUUGUGGCGCCAAGCAUCCGCGGUCCACCUGCUCACCAUCUGUCAAGCCUCCAAUUUCUGUUUGGCAGCGCCACAUGCUCGCAGCAUACACCGGACUUCGCGGUGUGGCGAAGAACAAGGUGCAGGGGCAGGCGUUGCAGGGUCGAAGUGACUAUACGGAUCCACGGAUGCAUCGCGUCACGCGCUGUGCUUUCGGGCGUGUGCCUUUGGCAGCUCGAACGAACGAACCCCUUACUGACCCCGGAUUUAGCUCGCCGGACUGGGCCGUGGACCCAACUGCUUUUGCUUGGCUGGAAUUGGGAGGCUCUCGUCCACCCACAGCGCAACUGGCAUUGUCGGAUGGAUAGCCGGGCGGGAAAGCUGGGGAUGACUUGCAUGCCUGCCGAGGUACGUUUGGUGCGAUCGCUCAGGGCUACUACCGUAAUUGAGCCACGGCGUGCAAGGUCCAUGGCAGAUCGAGUUCAACAAACGUGGGGUAUCAGGCCUGCAUGUCACCGCGAAGCCAUGCAUAUCGAGACUUCUCCCCAGAAUCUGUCUGACCUGCGCUGGUUUGUGGUUUGUCAGGAAGAACGCCGCUAGGGAUUUGCCGUUGUUCCCAGUCAGCUGGAGCGUCGAUCUGCACCAGCCCGUGCUCGCUAUGUUGUAGCGGGCCACUUAGCAAAACGCAAUUCAAGCGCAGUGGAUUGGGGUUGGGAUAGCGGCUACAGGU